AUGCAACAUCCAGGAGAUAAAGAAGUCACCACAACCAACCUUUCCACCAAUGAAUUUGGUAAAGUAUUACAAAAAUUAAUAAUAAUAAAAUAUUACAGAAAAAGACCAAAUGAAACAUGUUCUGUUGGAGAUGCUGGAAAACAAAGUGAACUAAAAAAAAUGAAAUCAGAGGUUCCAGUAUUAUCGGAAGGACAACAAUUCAUUAAUGAAGCUGCCAAGCAAAUGAUGGAGGGUGGUCAACAUGUAUUGGAGCAGACCAAGGAAGCACUUGCUUCAGCUGCCGAUUCGACCAAGGGUGCAUUUACAAGCACCGUCGCUGCAGUCUCGUCUGCCGCUCAACCAGUCAUUGAAAAGGCCAAGGAAAUCAGUACCACCAUUGGAGACAAUGUCAAUGCAACCUUGCUCAAAUCUGCAGAGUUUAGAGACGACUUGAAGAAAAAAGCCGACUCUAUGAUGGAACAAGUAGAGAAGCGUGUUGAAGAAGCAUCCAAGGCACUCAAGGACAAGCCAGCUGAAGAUCCAGUCAAAUGCUCACUUCCAAAGGACACUCUCUAUGUCGACGAACCAUUAAUCAAGGACAAACCAGAGGAAAAAUUGCUCAAAGACCAACCAGCCUCAGAGGAAUCCAAUGAAGAAAAGAAGGAUGCUACAGAAGACGGUACAAAGAAAGCUCCUGCCAAAGGUAGAGGUAGAGGUAGACCAAAAAAAUCAAAUAUUCCUAAUUUAGAAGGAAUAGUUUUUAUCAUUAAAUAUAGUAUCAAAUAA